UUAAAGCGAAGAAAAAAUAUGAGAAAUUCACGUACGUGGCUUAACAAUAGCAUCUCAUUUCCUUAUCCAGUGAUUCACCCUUCUCCGCUUAUUUAUUCAUCCUGUUUUUCUUCUUUUCAAAAUUUCAACGUGGGCCUUCAAAAUCUAGGCGUAGAUGAAUGCAAUUUAGAUCAAUCUUUACAUGUUAGAAAAUGAUAACAAUUCAAUGGGCCUACGGGCCUUCGAUGGGUAUCUCUGCAUUCAAAACAACGAAGGCGAAAGGUGAAAGUAACUAUACUCAGAGAAUGCGCUCGUUGCAAGCUUUGCCAGCUUCUGCAGCGGCACCUAAAAGGCACUCCAAUAAAUCACCAUGGUGUAUUAGACGAGAUUUGGGGAGUGAUCUGAAACAACUUGCAGAUCUACCUGUUAGUAUGAUAGAUCAUGAAUAUAAAUCAUGGGAUGAAACUAUACCGGUGGAUAUUGGCUAUCAGAUCGAUUCUUUCAGAAUUCAAGAUGAUGAUUGUGCACUAGAACAAAAUCUUCCGAUAAACAGAACUUUGCAAUUCCCCUCUUUAUCAUUUAUGCACCUUAUGUCUAAGACAGAAAUAUUUGUUGAUAAAUCACAUUUAUUUGACCUGUUAAAGAUAGCAACAUUGACAGGGAUUUUCAGUUUGCAAGAUUAUCAUCAGGCAUUGGCAACCACAGAUAUUGGAUCUGUAAUACAAUCUGCUAGUUGGCUUGGGGACCUUGGGGAUAUUAGCACCGGGUUUACCUCAGCAUUCUUGCUCAUCUUUUUCUCUGAGUUGGGGGACAAAACAUUUUUUAUUGCGGCUCUUUUGGCUUCACGAAAAUCCACUGCUGCUGUUUUCCUUGGAACAUUUGGUGCCCUUGCGGUAAUGACGGUUAUCUCUGUGUUUCUUGGGCGUACAUUUCAUUAUGUUGAUGGUAUUGUGCCAAUCAGACUUGGUCAAAUGGAGUUGCCACUUGAUGAUCUAGCUGCCGUUGGUCUUCUGGUGUAUUUUGGAGUGUCAACUUUAUUGGAGGCUAGUUCAGGUGAUGAGUCCAAGACAAGCAAUGAAAAAGAUGAGGCAGAGUUAGCAAUUGCUGGAGUUUCUGGAGGUGGUGCUGGGAUUCUUGCAGCAGCUAAUACAGUCAUCAGCACAUUUGCUCUUGUGUUUGUUGCAGAAUGGGGUGAUAAAUCCUUUUUUUCUACAAUUGCUCUUGCAGCUGCAUCUUCCCCACUUGGAGUUGUUGGAGGUGCAGUAGCAGGCCAUGGUGUUGCUACCUUGAUAGCUGUUUUGGGAGGCUCUCUAUUAGCGACAUAUCUAUCGGAAAAAGUAAUUACAUAUACUGGAGGAGUUCUGUUUCUAGUGUUUGCAGCCAUUACCUUGAUUGAAAUUUUUGUAUAGUUUGACGUAGAUAAGGAAUUUUAAGAAAAAAGGGCAGAUCAUUGUUUAUUUAAAAUUCUCAAUGAGAGUGGAUGCAUAUCAAUGUUCUUUUUCCAGUUUGAUACGUUGCUGGAAUGUUCACAAAUCUUAAUCUCAAUCGUCCAGUUUUGAUUUA